AUGCCAGUACGUGAGGAGAUGGAUCACGAAUCCCCUAUGGAUUCAGAUUCAGACACAGACAGAGUGUUGGAGGCGCUGGUGGGCCCCUCGAAGGCAACCGGAGCUGUCUCGAAGCGGCACCGUGAGGAAGUUGACAGUCUGGGGGAGGAAGCGGGUGAGCCCUCUGAGAAGGCUGUUGCAGUAGAGCCAGUUCUUGUCGCAAAAACGAAGGCGAAGGCAAAAGCGGGGAGGGGGGCAUACCUUGGGUACAGUGUUGCCAAAGCCCGUCUCAAGGAAAUGGAUAUGUGCUCAUUUGAGACCGAAGCGGCCGCAGAUAAUGCAUACCGUCUCAACCCCCCUCAGACUAGGUCUAAAACUCGGUCCCAAAGAGCGGAAGAGGAAGUCCGGGAGCGAAGUCCAAUCAUAGUGGCUGAAGCAACCCCCGAAGCAGUAGAUGUAUACGCGCCGUCAAGAGAUGAGCUCAUCGAUAGGGCCCGGAAUGCAGUCUCCUCUAUAACGAGUGAGGCUAAAAAGUCCAAAAACCUCAGAGGCGGCGUGAGGAGUGAAAUUAGCAGGGCCACGACAGAGAUCCAAAAGGCUAUGGAUACCCUGCAGGCCAUGUCAUCCGAUGAGGAAGCUAGAAGGCUACAUGCAGACAACAGGAGGAUGCAAAAGGAGUUGGCAGCCUUAAGGGGUGAGGUCAAGGCCCUCCGGUCCUCCUUCUCAGCAAGAGAGAAAUCGCCUACUGUGGGUCAGUCCGCUACUGACGCGAAUCUUCAGACCUCCCCAGCGUUUGUAGAAAUGCUGGAAACUCUAAAGAGGGACCUCUUCGUCUCCAUCGGGGGUAUGGUUAAUGACCGCCUCCGGGAGGUGGAGAAGCGGCUCCCCCAGGAGCCCGUACUGAGGCCACCACUUGCAUCAGACAAAAAGAGGGAAAAGGCGGCGCGACGUCCUCUUGACGAACCAUCUGCGGGUCCAUCGCCAACGCGCGCGCGCUCGGCGGCAGGUACUAGGACCACCAUGCCUGUUCCAGCGUCGCAACCAGAGCGUAGUGUUCCCGUACGUGGUACAGUGCAACGGGAGACUGAAGCCGCUGAAACUACGACAUUGCCGACCUGGUCAAAGGUAGUCGGGAGAAAGACGAAGGCCAAAACUGGCAAAUCUUCGAUGCCCAAACCCAAACCUGCCGCCAAAGCCCGCGUACCCGCUAAUACAAAGCCCCGGAAGGGUAAACUGACCUCCCCGAAGUCCUCGGCGGUCGUCAUCACCUUGAAACAGGAUGCUGUCGCAACGCAAAGUUACGCGACGGUAAUGAAGACGGCCACCUCAGGCCUAAACUUAAAGGAGGUAGGUGUAGACCACGUCCGGGUCCGCAAAUCUGCCACUGGGGCUCGAAUUAUCGAAGUCCCGGGGUCUAGCAGCGCCAAAGCCGCAGAUGAGCUCGCCAGUAAGCUGCAAGGUCUGGUGGGUCAAUGGGUAACAGUUGCCCGUCCUAUCAAAACCGCCGAGCUUCGACUCGUUGGGCUCGACGAGUCUAUCACCCCCGAAGAGGUGCAACGGGUUGUGGCGGAAAAGGGAAGCGUCCCGGCCGAGCAAGUGAGGGCAGGUGCGCUCCGGUUGGGACAGGGUCAACCCUGGUACGAUGUCCGGUGA